UAUUGAUUUUUGAUUUAUCCAGUUGGAGGAGUUAAUACGUACAUACAUACUUUUUUGUAACCUUUCAAAAAUUCUGUUUAGGGAAGAAAAUACUACUUUAUUUUGAUAUGAUCUUUGAUUGUAUGUGCGAGGAUUAAAAAGCCAACAAGAAAAAAAAAAUCAAGAAAACGUUUGAAGUGGUGGUAGUGUGUUGACAUUUUUAUUUACGUUCUUUGAUUAAAAAUAUAUAUAUAAAAAAAAAACUAUUUUGGGUAUAGAAUUCUUUAAAAUAUUUGAAAUUUUGUGUUUUCGAUUUUAAAAAUUUUUUGUUUGAAAUAUUUAGUUGUAUCAUAAAAUAUUUUUUACUAAUCAUUUAUUGUUAAUAAUUAAAAUGAAAACCUAAAUGAAGUAAUGUACGCAAAUAUAAUGUAAUUGAAACGUUUUCGACGAGUAAUUGUCAUUAAUAUAAUAAAUAUAUAAAUUAUCUAGUCGUACGGCUUUACAAUUUUGGAUUUAAUAACAAAUUCAAAAAAUUUUGAAUUUCGUCAGGAAUUGCAUUUGUUUUGAUUUGUCAUACUUUAUCUGCGUUUUAAUUGGACACCAGAAAAGUUAAAUCAAAAUAGUAAUGUCAAGUACCAUGACUAAUGAAACAUCCAAAACAACGGCAGAUGCUGAAAAUAAGGAAAAAGUUUCAGCAACUACCGUAACAGAAACGCCGACAAAUAAUUCUUAUGCUACUGUUGCAUCAAAUAUUGAAAAGACUACUGAAUCUACAAUUCAAUUGAAUGCAAUAUCUGAUAAAAAGGAGUCUGCAUCAGUUAUUGAUAUUGAUAAUAAAGAAAAUAUUGGUAACAAAGACAAAAUCGAUAUAAUUGAAACAAAGAAUGUAUCAAAACCAAAACCAAUAAAAUCAUGGCGUGAAGAAUGCAAUAAAACGUUGGCCGGUAGUAUUGGAGCAGCUAGUAUAAGUAGCGAAAAACGUUCUUUUAAAGAUUCUGAAAUUGAUGAUAAUAAUGAUUUUGUUCCUGUGGUUUCACAUAAUCGUAGAGAUCGUAAAAUGCGUCGUAAAGAACGUAAUGGACCCGAACGCCCAUGGGCAACUGGUGGUGUUGGUUCUCAUAAUAAAAAGAGUAGUGGAGGUCUUCAACGAGUUGCUAAUAGUGGAGCAACUACACAAAAUGGUAAUCCAUCAUCAUCUGACGAACGUGGUAAUAGUGUAGGAAGAAAAGGUCCUUCAAGAAGACAGCGAGAUAAACGAUCAAAAUUGAAUAAACAAAAUAAAGACUCGAUCAAUAAUAAUGCCAUUAAUAACGAUAAUAAUAAGGAUAUUAAAGAUAAUAAUCAAACAACUGAAGCAAAUGGAGGUGGAUCAAGUGGAAGCGGAGGUGAAGGAAAAUCGGAAGAGCAAGCAAAAAAAUUUAUUGCUGCUCCACCACCAAAAGUGAAUGCGUGGAAGGUAUCAAAGCAGCCAAGCCCAAAAACUGGUUCCGUUCCUCUUGAUAAAAGAGUUCUCCAACCCAAACAACAAUCGAAAAAUACUAGUAAUAAAAAUGACUCAAACGAACCGACAAUUGUUAAAGCUUCAAAGGAUAAAAGAAAGAUUAAUCAAAAGGCAAGUGAUUUUUCAAAUGUAGGAGAUUGGCCUGUUUUAACUGGUAAGGGAACAAAUAACGAAAAUCAUAUUAGAACACGAAAAAAUUCGCACAAAACAAAAUUAUCGAACAGCACAGAUUCAACGAAAUCAAAAUCAAAUGCUGAAAAUGUAGCACCAUCUACUGAGAAUUCAUCCGCUUUAACAGUUGGAGAUCAAAAGCAAACAAAAGCUAAAAGUCCGGUUGCAUCUACAUCGAGUAAUGUACCAAACAGUUCUGAGAGUCAAAAUACAAGUAAUGGUAAUAAUAAUAACGCAUCAUCGACAUCAAAUAAUGGUGCUUUGAAUAAGAAAAUUCCAAAACAUAAAUGGAAACCACUGCCAAUAGAUGUUUCAAAAUCAUCUCGCAACAAAAUCUCAAGAAACCGUCGUCCUAACUUUCGCGAUCGUGAGCGCAGUGAUUAUCAUCAUGAAAAUGAAAGUACUGGAAAUCGUGGUGAGGGUAAUAGUGGUACUGGAUAUGAAAGAACAUCAAAAACUCGGCGUUAUAGAACUUCAAAUUAUCGUGGUCGAGGACCAUCAGGUAAUUAUCGUUCUGGACCAAAUCGCAAUAGAAAUUCACGUGCAGCAAACGGUUACAUAAAUUAUUACACAGAAGGUAAAGGAAGACCGGUUGUAUUAAUGGGAACACACUAUUAUAGUGGUAUACCUCAAGCUUUUAUUGACUUAGAUGCAUUAUCAUUAAAAGAUGCUAUUAAAAAACAAAUAGAAUAUUACUUUAGUGAAGAAAACUUAAGUGGAGAUUUCUUUUUGCGAAGAAAAAUGGAUCCAGAAGGUUUUAUACCAGUCACAUUAAUAGCUUCUUUUCAUCGCGUUUUAGCGUUGACUGCUGAUGUUGCAUUAAUUCUGAAGGCUAUAAAAGAGUCAGACAAAAUCGAAUUAGUCGAUGGAUAUAAAGUUCGCACAAAAACAAAUCCAACUAUAUGGCCAAUAAAUGACGGCGUACAAGUAGCUCAAAAUAAUCCUCCUAUACAAAUAGUUUCUACUCCAUUGCAGAGUAUUCCCCCACCACCUGUGCCUAGAAAUUCAAAAAAUAUUGCAACAGAUCAAGACGAGUUAUUAGUAGCUGUUCAGGAAGCUGCUGCUGAAGCGAAUGAAAGUUCCGAGGAAGUUUCUGAACCAAAAACUUCGCCAGUCGUAAUUAGCUCAUUAACAAAAACAUUUGAGAAACAGUUGAAAUUAGAGGCUCAAAAAAAUGAAAAAAAUGAGAAUAUUUUAUCGCCGGCAUCUAGUCAAAUUCAAAAGGCUGAACAUAAGGAUCAAGUAAGAGAAGAAAAAUUGCAAAAGUCAGAUAAACACACAAACAAAGUACAAUCUGAGGAAAUUUCGUCGUCACCUUUGAAUAAACUUUUAAAAGGCAUUUCCGGAAAUGGAACUUUCAAUUCACCUAAUGAAAAGGAAACGGCUCCAAAUAGCAAGAAACUUGAGACAACCCCAAAAAAUGAUGAAGAUGAUGACUCUCCUUUACCGGAAGGUGUACCUAAUUUAUGGAAGGAGGUUAAACGUCGAACUAGAAACGCUGGAACAAAAGAAAAUGUUGGUAAAGCUUCAACUCCACCUUCUUUCCCACUUACAGUUAAUAAACAGCCGGUUGAAAAGGAGGAGUUGGAUUUUCAAUUUGAUGAAGAACUUGAUAUUCCAUCUACUGGUCGUGUUAAUAAUUUUACAGAUAAUUGGUCGGGGGACGAUGAUUCCGAUUAUGAAUUUUCUGAUCGUGAUAUUAAUAAAUUGCUAAUUGUUUCACAAGUUCAACGUGCACCCAAGCAUGAAGGUUAUGACAGAACUGCUGAUUUUACUAGUCGAACAAAAAUUACUCAGGAUUUAGAACAGGUGAUUAACGAUGGUUUGACUAAUUAUGAAGAAGAUUUGUGGACAGUUUCAACUGGACCUACUGAAUAUAAAACGGUUAAUGUUAUAUCUCAGGAAGAUUUCCAAAAGAUCAUUCCAAAACAACCUAGUAAGAAAGCUAAUCAAGAAGUUCCUCCUCCACCGCCACCAACUUAUAUUGAUGAUGAACAGAACUUGGAUGAAUCAAUGAAUUCAACCUUGAAUAAAUCCGCAAAGAGUAGUGCUCAAAGACGCGCCAGAUUUUAUGCGGCCCCUAAUACAAACGAUAUUGAUCCGCGUACCCCACGUAAACGUAAAACUCGUCAUUCAGGAAACCCACCAUUUGAAGGUCAUAUUGGUUGGGUGUUGGAUUUUGUUGAACAUCGUCCACGUACUUCGAGUAUGGGUAGUUCAGCUGGAACUAGUCCUACAACUUCGAGUUACGGAUCGUCUGUUCCUCAAAGUUUGCCAGUUUUUCAGCAUCCAUCUCACGCUUUGCUCAAAGAGAACAAUUUUACACAACAAGCAUAUCAUAAAUAUCAUCAUAGAUGUCUGAAAGAACGUCGUCGUUUAGGAUUUGGUCAGUCACAGGAAAUGAAUACAUUGUUUCGUUUCUGGUCAUUCUUUUUACGUGAGAAUUUCAAUAAAAAUAUGUACAAUGAGUUCCGGCAGUUAGCGUUAGAAGAUGCAGGUCAAGGUUUUCGUUAUGGUUUAGAAUGUUUAUUCCGAUUUUAUUCUUAUGGAUUAGAGAAAAAGUUUCGAUCAUUUUUGUAUGAUGAUUUUCAAGAGGAAACAAUGGCUGAUUAUGAAAAAGGCCAACUUUAUGGACUCGAAAAAUUUUGGGCAUUUUUAAAAUAUUACAAAAAUGCUCCCAAAUUACAAGUUGACCGAAAACUUCAAGAAUAUUUAUCUAAAUUUAAAACUAUUGAAGAUUUUCGAGUUGUUGAACCAGAAAUAAACGAAAUGUUACAAGGUGUAGGAAACUUACCUCGAUCUUCCAAUAAUCGACGCCAUCGUAGCUUAUCUGAAAGUGAAAGUUUCCAAGCUACUGGUAGAAGCUCAAGCUCAGGUAGUGGAAAACGCCCUAAUACAACAAUUACAAAUCGGAGUGAUUAUAUUGGUAAUCAAAUUCAUCAAAAUGCACAUCAACAUAACGCUGCAAGUGGCUACGGAUCUAGCAAUCGUCGAAGAACCGGAUCUUUUGGUUCAAAAUAUGAAGUAAGAGUACGAAGUGGUUCAAUGGGAUCUAAACCUCAAAUAGUCAAUAAUAAUAAAAGUAAUUUUCGACGAAAUGGAGGUAGUAAUGCUGGUAGCAAUAGCAAUAUAUCUUCGAGUAUAGGUAGCGGAUCCGGUUUCCAUAAAAUGAAUAAGCAAAAUCAAAAUAGACCGAGAAACAAUGCAAACACUGGCAAUAAACUUAUAGCAACAGCAUCUACUGAUAACAAAGAAGUACAAAAGGAAAAAAAUAGGACAAAAAAUGAAUCCAGUGAUACUACACCGAAAAAUGCAACAGCAGUUAAAGCACCAAAUUCGAUUACAACUACGACGAUGGGAGAAGCUAAAAAUCUGAAAUCUAGACCAGAGAUGAAUAAAGAAAAUGUAAUAGAGGAUAGUAAAUGACUGAACGAAAAAAGUAAAACCAGUGCCAAACGUAAAAAGAAACAAAUGAUAAACUUGUAGAAAAAAAUAUAAAAAGGUUUAUUAAAAAUAUAAAUGAAAUGAAAUUGAUUAAUUCAUAAAAACUAACAUCAAAUGUUAUGAGAAAAAAAAAUAUUUUUACGAGAAAAAUUAUUUUUUUAUAUUUUUAUUAACUUUAAAGCGAGUUCCAAUAUUAAAUAAAAAUUUGAAAUUUUGUUAAUUGAAUUGUAAUUUUUCAUAUUUUUAAGAAUACAAUAUUAAAAAAGAAUUAUAUUUUUUAGCAUGAUAAUUAGAAACAAUAAAAGAACAUAAGUAUGUAAAUUCAAAUAGAAUACUGUA